GAGCCGGGUCGGAUUGAACCGAACCGAGCCCAACCGAACCAACUCCGGUCGAAGCGUGCCCAGGCGACUCCAAGUGAACCGCAGCGCAUCCCGCCGGGUCCAAGCCGAGCCGAGUUGAGCCGAGCCAUGCACCUGGACGUGCUGGGCCGGCUGUUGUCCAUAGGACGGGCGGUGCUGGCGGCGCUGCGGGGGCGGCUGGGCGCGUUGUGCUGGAGCCUGACUCCCCUCUCCCUGUCCCUGUCCCUGUCCUUGCCCGGCUGGCGACGGGACUCACCCCCACGGUGGGAGAGAGAGCAGGAGUGGGACGACGCGUCCCCGACACCCACCAGUGUCAACUACCACUUCACUCGGCAGUGCAACUACAAGUGCGGCUUCUGCUUCCACACUGCCAAGACCUCCUUCGUGCUGCCGCUGGAGGAGGCCAAGCGGGGGCUGGCGAUGCUCAAGGAGGCGGGAAUGGAGAAAAUAAAUUUCUCGGGUGGAGAACCGUUUCUUCAGGACAGAGGCGAAUUUGUAGGCAAACUGGUCCAAUUUUGCAAGCAGGAGUUGGAGCUCCCAAGUGUCAGCAUUGUUAGCAACGGCAGCCUGAUCAGAGAGCGGUGGUUCAAGAAGUACGGUGAAUAUUUAGACAUUCUGGCAAUUUCAUGUGAUAGUUUUGAUGAGGAUGUCAACAUUUUAAUUGGCCGUGGUCAAGGAAAGAAGAACCACGUGGAAAAUCUGCAUAAACUGAGACAGUGGUGCCGAGAGUAUGCUGUUGCUUUCAAAAUAAAUUCGGUGAUCAACAGAUUUAAUGUUGAGGAAGAUAUGAAUGAGCAGAUCAAGGCACUCAACCCUGUGCGCUGGAAGGUAUUCCAGUGCCUGCUCAUUGAGGGGGAGAACAGUGGUGAGGAUGCCUUGAGAGAAGCAGAAAAAUUUGUUAUUAGUGAUGAAGACUUUGAACGAUUCUUGGAUCGCCAUAAAGAUGUCUCCUGUUUGGUACCUGAAUCUAAUCAGAAGAUGAGAGAUUCAUACCUCAUUCUGGAUGAAUAUAUGCGUUUUCUAAACUGUAGAAAUGGACGGAAAGAGCCUUCCAAGUCUAUCCUAGAUGUUGGUGUGGAAGCAGCUAUAAAAUUCAGUGGAUUUGAUGAGAAGAUGUUCUUAACAAGAGGAGGAAAGUAUGUGUGGAGUAAAGCCGACAUGAAACUAGACUGGUAACUCAAUAUACUGAGUUAGGGCAGCGCAUCAUGUAAAGAAAAUGUGUGUGUAUAUGAUGAGUGUAUACCUGUGUUUAAUGCUUUUAAUUACACUCAGUAUAUUAUACAGACUGAUGUUCAGUAUAACUCUAUAUGUGAAUGUGUUUAUUAAAUGCAGAUUAUGUACUUUUAUUUUAUUGAGCAUAACUUAAUACUUUCAGAGCUUUCAUAUGAACAGAUGUCUGAAAUAAACUUUCUAAUCCAUUUUAUGAAGGACUUAAGGGCAAACUGUUAACAUAACGUCAUGCAGUAAAUGUUUUUAAAAUACUACAUGAGUGUGCAUGCCAGAUAAAUCAAACCCCACCCCAAUCUCUACUUCAUUAUAAACAGCUGUAAGGAUGGAGAAAUGAAAACUCUUAUCGGGGAAUGCAUUCUGCCUGUUUCUCAGGGAAAGGUGGAUUGUAGUUCCUCUGUAGAUCACAAGAGGGCCAGCUGGCAGGCCACUGGAAGCACCAUCUGCCUUUUUCGGAGGUAAUAGAGGGUCAGAAUCUAGGAAUCAUUAUCUGCAAUAAUGUAUUUAAAAGAAAAUCAAGAUGAAAAACUUGGCCAUUCUCAUUUUUUAAGACUUAAC